AUGGUUGGUCUUGGAUUGUGGAGUCGUUGGGAUUCUCCAGGAGAAGGUUUGUGUUUUAUUUUUUUUGGGAGGAGGGGGGGGGGUUGAUGAGAGUCUUCUGAAUUUGUUUUUUUUUUGAAACAUGAUGUUCAGAUUUGAGAACCCUUUUUGAAUUUUUACUAUAUUUAAUGCUGAAAAAUAAUUUUCAAAACUUUUUUUGAUUAGGACUGGCCUCUCAUUAUUCGCAAAUAUUCAUUCCAUUAAAUUUUUUUCUGAAAAAAAAAUUAAUUUUUAAAAAUAAUUUUCAAGUAGAAAAUCCUAGAAAAAAGUUCAAUCAAUUUAGAGCCAAACUUUCAAGCUGAAAAUUCAGAUUUGAUUUCCAGAGGAUUCAUUAAAUAUAAUGUUUCAGCUAUGAUUUCUAGCAUUUGUUUUUCUAAAAUAGAUUCCCGGUUAUAAGCUACAAACUUCUAGAUGUUUCAGCUUUUCAAUCAAUAUUUUCAAAGUUCUUUAAAAUCAAUGUGUUUUCCCAGCUCCAUAUAAAAAUGUAUCGGUGUAUAUUUCUAUUCCGGAUCAUUUUUCGCAUACAUAAAAAUUUUCUAUCAAAAAAAAAAACUAAUAAUUCUGUUGCCAAACAAAAUCGAAAUGCAUUUGUUGAUAUUGGCUCAGCCGUUCUAUCGGGGCGAAUCGUUUUUUUUUUUGGUUGUUGAUUUCAAAAAUGGAAAAAUGGGGGAGAAAACAACAAUUUUUCAGAGUCAACUAAAAAUUUGACAACUCUUCGAACAUUCGAGAAAAUUAUGGCGGAUUCAGUCGAAGUGCCGAGAUUGAUUUAUUUGGAUAAAAGAAUCAAUAGUGGGUUCAGAGAGAGAUUUGGGGGUGAAUAAUGAGCAAGUUUUCAGCCAUCGAUGCUUCAUUUUAUGAUUGUAUAUAUUCAAUAACCAAUUCAGCUGACACUAUAAUUGAGAGAUGUUAUAAAGAUAUUGGUUGUUGUGCAAGUGGAUGUUGCACAAACAGAGAUUGGUUUGAAAUUUAUUGACUGAACUUACUAUAACUGUAACUCAAAAUCCAAUUUUCCUAUAUUUAGGCAAGUAAAAUACGGUUGGGCAGUUGCAUUGAUUUCAUUAUUUUCGCUCGUUGUCAUUUUCACAGUGAUUUGUUGGAUGUCAAUUUGGUUAUGUAAUCGGAAAAAGGAUAAAACUCAAAAACGUGAAUUGAUGAAAUAUGGAAGCAGUUCGGCUAUUUCAACGGUUGGUGGAUUGGAUUGGAUUCCAGGGGUAAUGAGAACGGGAAAAGGGAUGGUGGAGGGAUAAAAAAGCUGAACAGUUCCCUAAAUUGUUGAAAUCCUUUCUGUAAAAAUAUUUAUUUGAAGCAAAGACCACCCACGAAGUCUGAACAAUUGUGUAGUAAAUUAUACCUUGAAAACUAUCUUUUAAAAAAUAUGUGUUUCUAAUUUGAGGAUUUUUCAGUCCUCAUUUGCUUAUCCGAUUUCCAACGGACAUUAUCAUUUCGGAACCGGACCAUUCCAAUCACCUCCUCUCAAUUAUCCAACUAAAUAUUGA